GGUGAAUUUCUCCUGCGUGCUCCUGUGCGGAUCCCGAGACCCUUCUCGCUUUAAGAGAGCCUCCGGCGCCCCUCACUCCGCCCCUUCCCAAGUCUCUGGGCUCGUCAAAGCUUCCCGAGAGCCAUGGUUGGUCCAGGCAGGCAAUCGGAGCACCUCCUGGAGCGGCUGCUCACCCAGGGUGGGGUGGGGUGGGGUGGAGUGGAGGGGUCUGUUUGUAGUACUCUCAGUCCUGAUGUCACAGGCGCGGCAAGGACAUCGCAAGGAGGAGUCGGAUUACAGUAAGGAUGGGCAGUGCAGCAGGCAGCCUGAGCGCACUCUCCAGCCGCCGGGGAUCGUAGCCCUGGAACGGCAGCCUGCGAGGCGCUCAUCCCGCGGAGGAGGCACACUCUCGGCGCCCACUGCUCUCCACGCCGGGAACGUUUCCACCGAGUGUAGCAUGAAACGGCCCUGCUCUGCGUGCCAGCCUGGGGUGAGAGCUGAUGCUGAAGACACCGCGGUGGGGUUCCAGCUGUCUGAUUAAUGAGAAACAUAAUGUAUUUUGGUGGUACAUGCCAGAGUCCUGCUCUCCCGGCCCUUGUCCGUCCACCAGCCCCUCCUUUGCAACCAUCGCUGGAUAUUAAACCAUUUCUUCCCUUUCCUCUUGACACUGCAGCUGCAGUCAACCUCUUCCCCAAUUUCAAUGCGAUGGACCCGAUUCAGAAAGCUGUAAUAAACCAUACAUUUGGGGUUCCUCUUCCCCAUCGAAGAAAGCAAAUUAUAUCAUGCAACAUUUGCCAGUUGAGAUUUAAUUCUGAUAGCCAGGCUGCGGCCCACUACAAAGGCACGAAACAUGCCAAGAAGCUCAAAGCACUGGAAGCCAUGAAAAAUAAGCAGAAAUCUGUAACUGCCAAGGACAGCGCAAAGACUACCUUCACCUCCAUCACUACCAAUACCAUCAAUACCAGCUCUGACAAAACAGACGGUACUGCAGGGACACCAGCAAUAUCAACAACGACAACUGUGGAAAUUCGCAAAAGCAGUAUCAUGACAACUGAGAUCACCUCUAAAGUGGAAAAAAGCCCCACGACAGCCACUGGCAAUAGCUCAUGUCCUUCUACUGAGACCGAGGAAGAAAAGGCAAAACGGCUUCUUUACUGUUCUCUAUGCAAGGUUGCUGUCAACUCCACCUCGCAGCUGGAGGCACACAACAGUGGUACUAAGCACAAAACCAUGCUAGAAGCCCGGAAUGGAAGUGGCACUAUCAAAGCCUUUCCUAGGGCAGGAGUGAAAGGCAAAGGACCUGUUAAUAAAGGAAACACAGGCCUCCAAAACAAAACAUUUCACUGUGAAAUCUGUGAUGUGCACGUCAACUCGGAAACACAACUUAAACAGCACAUUAGCAGUAGAAGGCACAAAGACAGAGCUGCUGGGAAGCCCCCGAAACCUAAAUACAGUCCUUACAACAAACUACAGAAAACAGCACAUCCACUGGGGGUAAAAUUAGUAUUUUCAAAAGAACCUUCAAAGCCAUUGGCUCCACGAAUUCUACCAAAUCCUCUAGCAGCUGCAGCAGCUGCAGCGGCAGUGGCAGUGAGCUCCCCCUUCAGCCUUCGAACUGCUCCAGCAGCAACACUGUUCCAGACUUCUGCGCUUCCUCCAGCACUCCUGCGGCCAGCUCCCGGACCCAUUCGGACCGCCCAUACUCCUGUGCUGUUUGCUCCUUACUAAAUUCCAAAUAGGAGUAAUUGUACUGCAAUAAUUUUACAAACAAAACAAAAGAGAACUAUGCAGUGUUUAUUUAUAGUUUAAAGUAUAUCUGAAGAGCCAGGACUUUUGAUAGUGAAUUGAAAAGGUUACAAAAAGGGGGGGGGAGGGAGGGAGUGAUAUUUUCUCCAAAUUAAAGCAUUCCUCUUGAACGUUGAUUGUUUUAGAAGUGAUCUCCAGCAUUGAUUUGUAGUGGUAUCUAGAACUUCUGAAACCUCUGUGACUGUGCUUUUGGGCACUAUUUCCCUCUGCAUUGUCUUUCCUGCUUUAUGAAACAACUAUACAUUGUCUAAGGGCAUUAACUGGUUCCAAUGUAUAUACAAUAAUUUACUCUGUAGAUUAAAAUAAUACAAAAAAGGAAAAAAAAAACAAAAACAAAAGCAACACUGUGAAUAGUACUACCCAUGCUGGUCCUAUUGCUAUGACAGCAAUUACUGGGUAUUUACCCCAACAAAAGUAGAUACAGUAGAUGUCUUGUAAAACAAUAGUGCUGUGUCUCAAUCUAUGCCACUAGGUUUUAAAGAAUCGCAAAGGUAGAAUGAACAACUAUUUCAUACCAAUAAGCAGUCAAAAAACAAACAUACAUCAGAUGGUGUCAUGGAGGUCUCCCUGGUUAGCAUUCUCCCCUCCUGUAUAGUUUAAAGAUAUAACAGAGCUGAGCUUAGAGAUGGGGGAGGCAUUAAUAAAGGUGAUUU